UACAGAAAGCAAAGCUACUGGAGGGCAAUUUGAAAAGGUCACAAGAGAGUCUGUUUUGUUGCCAUCAUAUCAGCUGCCAUGAAUCUAAAGCUGGAUCUAGCAGUAUAAAUUUUAGUUCAGGCGCUGAAGAGUGUCCAGUACGUAAAGCUAAAGGUCAACAGAUGUCAAUCAUUACCUGUCAACGCUGUGUCUACAUAUAAAGCUUCAAGGUUCAUGCAAAGAGAAAUUUCAAUUUCUCGUCUCUCUCUCUCAAUCAAAGAUCAACGUUUCUAUGGCUGAAUUCAGCACUCCUAAACUAACGAAGCUCUCUCUAUCUGAUGCUCCAAGUGUGUUUAUGACUCCCUCGUCAUCCUGUGGCCGACCAGUAUUCCCUCAGCCUCCUAGAGCUUUGCUCACACCUCUCCCGAUCUCCUUCCCCUCACCUGCUCCUACCCCUCCCCUGGCAAGACAAGAGCACAAGGAUAUUAUCACAGCACUCUUUAGAGAAGGUUUCUUCCCCGUGAUUGCUGAACGAAUCAUCUCAUACUUACGACAAGAUGACAUCUCAAAAUGUCUCCUCGUAUCUCGAUCAUGGAAAGAAUUAAUUUCUCCAUACAGGCCUAAAAGACUAACUCUCACAACGGACAUAGAACCGAAUCUGAUUGGCGAACUGUUUGAUCCCAAACUGUUUCCAACGCCACGACAACCACUCAAGAUUAUUAACAACAGAAAAAGAAGCUGUCGACCUGAGAGCUCCAAGCCGCCAUUAAUUGACGGACCAGUGAAGAUGAGACCAUGUCCAAACUGCUGUUCUCCGGCUAAAGUUUUAAACAACCGGCGAGCUGAAUGUACUAAGUGCACUUUUGAUUUUUGUCGAGAUUGCUCAAGAUCGUGGCAUGAGGAGGCCUCAUGUGGCAUCCAAUGUAUUCCUACAAGUCCAAAGAAAAAUGAUGCUCUUAUUGCUGGAACAAAGAAAUCCAAAAAGAGACUCAAACGUCUUUAACACUAUUUUUGUAUCCUAUCUAUGUGUGUUAACUAUUGAUGUGUGUAUAUUUUCGUGUCACCCUCCGCACCUCACAUUCCCAUUGGCAUUUGCAAAUUUGCAUUAAUUGUUCAAUAUAAUUAUGACUCUCUAGA